CGCUCCUCCCCUCCGCCUCAAGUCAAAACACGUCCCCGUGUCCCGGGCGCAGCAGAGCCGGCAGCGGCGGCGAGCGCCCAGGGUCCCGGCCCGGCAUGGGGGAGGCAAGCGACACCGACAGCGGGAUCAUGCUGCAUUCGGGCCCCGACAGCCCCGUGUCACCCCUGAAGGAGCGGGCGCAGGCAGGGCGCAGGCAGCAGCAGGCGUUGGAAGCCCGGCUGGAGGGCUGCGUGCAGGAGCUGCGGCGGCUCUGCCUACGCGAGGCGGAGCUGACGGGGACGCUGCCCCGCGAGUACCCCCUGAAAGCCGGCGAGAAGCCCCCCAAGGUCCGCCGCAGGAUCGGUGCUGCCUUCAAGCUGGAUGAGACCCUCGUCCUGCGUGGGGCGGACCCGCUGAGCGCCCUGGAGCGGGACCUGGCGCUCCAGCUGCAGAUCGCCAAGGCCGCCCGGCGCCUCUGCCGAGAGGAGAACAUCAGCAAGCGGCUCCGCAAGCGCCGGCAGACGGCGGCACUGCUGGAGGAGCAGAAGCUGAAGGACCUGGAGAACAUCCUCAACCAGCGACGGCUCCUGGCUGGUCGAAGGCCCCUGCCUGCCGGCGGUGGAACCGGUGCUGCCGACGAGCUCAGCGCCUCCGACGACAGCUCCCUGUCGGACGCCGUCCUGCUGGAGGAGGAGGAGACGCGGCCGUCGGGACCUGCCACCCCGCGGGGGUCCCCGUCCCCCGAGGAACCCGACGAGGAGGAGGGGUCGGGGCCCCCGCCGGCCCCCCCCAGCCCCUGGCGGGACACCAGCCUUGACAGACCCUACGAGAAGGCCAAAAAACCCGGCGCUGACCCCGGGGAUGGGGAAACCCGGGGUUCCCGGUGCUACCCUGGGUCCCCGCCGGCCGUCCCCACUGCCCCCUCGGCCCCCAGCAGCCCUGACCCCGCAGCCUCGCCAGCGCCCAGGGCGGGGGACGUCCCUCCCUACCGCUUCGUCCCCAUCAGGACCCUGGUGCUGUGCCGGCAGGCGGGCUCCAGCGCUCCCAGCACCCCGGAGCCAUCGGGCCGGCGGGGACAAUCCCAGUCCCUGAGGGUGGAAGCGUGCCGGCAGCCCGGUGAGCCGCGGGGCCGCAGCGCCGUACCCCGCCGGCGCCCCACGUACUACACAGUGACGGUGCCCACCUCCUGCAUCCCGACCCCCGGCCCCACGCACCACUCCGGCUCCGACGACAGCAUCUCCGACCUCUCCAGCAUCUCCCACGCCACCUCCCCAGGCAGCAGCAGCCCCGACGUCUCCUUCCCACGCCCCCCGGUCCCGCCGCCCCUCGCCGAACCCGGUUACUACCCCCGGGGUGCCCACCGGUUCCUGCCACCCGCCGGCGCCCCAGCUUUCCUCUACGAGCAGGAUCUGGCUCCGUUACGCUACCAACGCCUGGUGCCCUCGCACAGCCGCAUCGUGCGCACCCCCUCGCUCAAGGACUACGCGCCGGCGGGCGGCCGGGGGCUCUCCAAGGCGGCCGUGACCGAGGAGCUCAAGUCGUGGCACCAGCGCGCCCGGCUGCGGGGUGCCCGUCCCCACUCCCUUGACCGGCAAGGGGCCUUUCGGGGACCCCGUGGUGGGACCACCAGGGACGUGCCCAUCACCCGUGGAGUCCUGCCACGGGCUCAGGCGCCCCCGAUCCACGUCCUGCGGCGCUCCCCGGACGGCGUGCCCGUGCAGGUCUACGUGCCUGAGAACGGCGAGAUCGUCACACAAGUGUAAGCGUGGACAACCCCCCACACACCCCGGGAGGGGGGCACAGCCUGGCUGGCCCAGGGACAGUGGGGACCAGGCCGUCCCACGCCCCCCUACCCCAGCACGGGGACACGGGUGGGAGGCGCAGCCGCCCCCCACCAGCACCCCUGGUGUGCGUGGGGCUGGGACGGGGUGGCCGGGGCUGGCCCCCCCACUCCACGUCCCCUCACCGCCACCAUGACCCCGAUGCUGACGGUGCCACCGCGAUCCUCGAUUUGGAGCUUUGGUCUCUAAUAAAGGUGGUCGUUGGGGUGCUCCUGUCCUCAC